AUGCCAAAUUUGGAGAGAUCUCCGCCUCUCUUCUCGUCAUCACCUUAUUCACCGCUCAGCAUGAUUAUCCCAGUACGCUGCUUCUCGUGUGGAAAGGUCGUUGGUGACAAGUGGACCGCGUACCUCAAGCUGCUAGAAACCAUGUCUGAGGGUGAAGCGCUCACAGAGCUGCAGCUAAAGCGCUAUUGCUGCCGUCGGAUGGUCCUUACACACGUCGACCUCAUUGAGAAGCUCCUGCAGUACAACCCGAAUGAGAGGUCAAAAUCAAAACAGGACUAUGCGUAACUGCGCUGUGUCUAUCUGACUCAGUUCAGAAAGUUCAACGAUGAUUCGGAUUAUCGACACCGUCUCCAAACACUACACUCACUCCUAAAAGUACGACAAGCUGGCUCAACCGGCUGCUCUCCCACAUAACAGACUUGGCGGGGUCCCGCGGUUCUCACAGCUACAGAAACUUACAGCGGCUGUGCCAGGAGUGCGUCGUGGAUUUCCUCACUCGUGUCUGACCUCUCGCUCUCUCCUUCAUGUUGUAUUUUAGAGUUACAAUCACAUCAUUCUUU